CUAUACGUACGUACGCAAAUACAAUCGCUCGGUCAAGCUCCCGUCUCGUCCCGGCAUCUGAUGAGCACGCGACAAAACCAAAACGCAAACCAACCAACGCAUCGGCCUCGUCCACCUAUUGUCCUUUCAAUCUUUCGACCGACGGACGCCCGUUCACACCGCACAACAGCCAGCAGCAGAAACGACGGCAACAGCACCCGUCCCGGAAACCGAAGCAGCGGAAGCACCCUUAUGUUGCACCCCGACCGCAUUGAAGCUUGACUCGGACGAUGAUGGAGAACGAUGGCCACGGCGACGGCCCCCGUCGGCGGGACCGUAUAAUGGGGAAGCUAUUCGGUAAUAGUAGCGUUGCGAGGGAUAGGAAAAUGACGAAUGAAGAGAGUGCAAACGAAAUCUCCGACUUUCUCGGCAUCUCGGACAGACUGACCGUUUCUCAUCCCGUCCCCCUUCCGCCACCUAUCUCCCCCCGAGGUCCCCCGGCUCUCGCCCUGGAUACUUCUAAGGCCAGCCGUUUUCAACAGCCGCCCAAUGUCGAAAACAGGUCUCAGCAAAGUCUCGCACAACGGGCACGGUCCCAUAGCCCACCACGACCGAGAAAGAAGAAGGGAUUGAUCGUUCGUUUCACCAACAGCUAUCCCGAGGUCAUUGGCGAAGGUGGUGACGAGUGUGAGACGGUAGUGGCUGAAAUCGGUAGGAGGAAGAGGGCAAGGUCCGUUCCGCCCUCGGCACCUUUGGCGUCUGCCCGCCCCCCGAACUCGAGCGGCCAGUCUACUAGGCAGAAGGGAGCAGUUCAAGAAAUACAAAGGAACGGAGAUGGUUUUAUACCAGGCCCGAUCCGCAGGACGCAGACGGGCUUUUCUAUGAUCGGAGAUUCCCAGACGGAAGAGCCUGGCCCGGCCCCUGUUUCUUCUCCCGACCCUCCAAAGCCUCGUGCGCUUCCUGCUGGCGACUCUACCCAAUCUCGCUUCCUCGACUUGGACAGUGGGAAGGAUGAUAACCGUCGAUCAUUUAUCGAGAUUCACCAGCAAGAGCAGCGUCAAGCCGAGGGGAUGGCGAUGCGGUCUGCUAGCGUCAACUCUCAUCACGACUGGGAUGAUUUGGGCUCUUCGCCCGAGCCCGUUCGGGGAACGCCGCCGCGUCGCAAGCCGGUACAACUUCCUACAAUGCUAGAGCCGACGCCGCCUCCGGAGCGGUCUAUGUCGGCCCGAGAAUCGUCAACACAACCGUCACUGCAGGAGUCGGUCGCUGCGGUGUUGCGAACCCAGUCAACUCGGUCCCCUCUUAAGCCCUCGCCAAUGCAGCCGGGGCCCGCGACGAGCCCACCUGUGAGGUCUCCCCUGCCGCCCCCUCCCCAAGACGUCCCGCCAAACCCGCCUCCUUAUACAGCUAUAUCACCUGUGCCGCCUAUACCUACCAACGCCGAUUUGCCCGACUUUGAUACCGAGCUAGCCAAAUUGCGCCCUGCAUCGCCCGAUGAAUUACGUCUCAUCACGAGCAAUAACGGCGAGAGCCCUUCGUCCACCUACUCUAAUUCCAUCCACUCAACUUCCGACCUCUCCCACAAAGCCACGCCCGUUACCCAGAACCCUGCGUGGCGUGGAUUCCAACCCCAUUCUCCGGAGAAGACGGUCCGAAGCCUCCACGACGCGGUGGUUGCGGCUGGCGACGACGCGCUGGAUGCUUUUGUCACUCGUACGAAACACCUAUACGAACUAUUUCGACUCCAUGCGGAACAAUUUCGACCACUCGGAACUUCACGGCCCGAAGAUGUGUGCCGAGCUGCGCUGUGGUGGUUCUUGAGGGGGAGGACAGCGCUGGAGAUUAUUAUUAGGAGUCGACCGGCCGAUCCUAACGAAACCCGACUUCUCAUAGCGAGAUAUCAAGCCUAUACCGAUCUAGCAAAGGGUUACUGGUUGAUGGAAAAGGCGCUUCCCGAAAUAGCGGAAGGCAAGUAUAGUCCUGUGGACGGGGAGCUGGGCGAGGUUCGCCAAGCAUUGAUACACCAGUUGAGGAAGCUAUCCGGUUCCAUGAGACGAAACGGCUUUCUCCCGCCGGAAGAGCCUUUCCUGCCGCAGACGAUGGAUAAAUCUAUCUGGGUAGAGUACCCGUCGCUGAGUCAAGACAUCAUCGCCCUUCUCAACGGAGUGUGGGGAUCGGUUCUCGCCGCCGCUCGACAGCCCGCCCGCCACAUGGAAGCACUUGAUGCCCUACCUCUCGGCGACACGGCCAAGUAUUUCAACUACGGCCGAGUCACGGCCGACGUAUACCUUAUGGAACAGGGUAUGGAGUCGUCGCAGACUUGCCUCCCUUGCGUGCUGUCGAUUCUUCGAUCGCAAGCCGAGCCAAGCCUAAAUUUCGUCAUCGCGAGCCAGAAUACCUGCGUGUCCCUACGGGUGCAAUCGGACAAGAGCGCGGGUCCAACGUGGCAAGAUAUCAAGUGGAGACCAGAUUCUUGCUUGCUCGAGGUUAAGCUGCCUCGAGGUUUCAUGCUCGCGAUCCGCUGCUCGCAACAGGACUACAGGAUGCUGUGGAGUAUGUACGACUUCAGCUCAAAGGUUCAAGGUUACCUAUACCAGCAGAAGGACGAGGUGAUUAAGCACACUACUACACUUCGCGGUUUCCAUUAUAUCGACGCGAAUCCGCAAGGAAGGUCGUUUCCCAAGGAGCCCGUGGGCCAAUGCCAACUGGGAUUAUACGAAAAGAUACUGAAGGAAAAUAGCCCGACCGGACCGAGGACAUUCCACCGGGGUUUCCGGCUUGCCGUGAUCACCGGCCCGAGAAUACGAACGCUUAGCGGGAUAACCCAUUUUUUCCCACCGCAGCUCCCUAUUCAGUUCGCCCCCCUAAGCAACGACCAACGUGCACCGAUGCUCCAGUUGGAUUUCAACGACGGCAAGAACAGAGGACGAAUGGUCUUGACGUUCAAUGACGACCAGGAGCGCGAGAAAUUUUUGAGGAUGAUCACAGGAACCUACGUUCACCACGACGAAGAAAUAGUCGCCGAAGUCCCGCUGGAAGGUAUGAAUAUGUCCGACGGAGUCGGCGACACGAAGGGGGGGUUCCCGGCUGUUCAGCGGUUGCCCUGGCAACGUGCGCGCAUAAUCAACGACAAAUACGUAGGAGACACUCCGCCGACGGUGCUGGCGGAGAAGCUUAGAGUUGAGAUCGACUCGCUAGACAAGGGCGGGGUUGGCGUGGUCAGCACCAUUACAGACCGGGUCAAUGUCGCGCCUGGGGAGCUGAGGCUCCGGCUCGGCACCAAGGACAUUCUCACGCUACAGGUCCUGCGGCAGCCACAAUCAGAUCUGACAGUCUCGAUGCUGGAGUCGCAAAUUCCCCGGGAAUCGCCCCGCGAGUUCGCGGGAUUGCAGAACACGAUCCAACGCGGCCAGACGGUGCGCACGUACCGGUUCCCAAGCUUCAAGGACCUACACGCAUUCCAGGCAGGGUUGACCGGGUACACAGUACUCUUCGACGGCGUGGCGGCGAGCCUGAAUAUCUCGCGUCGAAGGAUGGUGGUGCCCAUCUACAAAAAGUGGGAAGCCGGCACCACGCGCGUUCAGUUGGUGCAGCAGGAGAAGACGGUGCAGCUGCUCGCCUUCUUCGAGGAUUGGCACCACGGGCAAUGCAUGGGCUUUGUGCUCAAGGGCACGGACGUGUUUGAGUCCUUCAGCCGAAACGGGAAGGCCGGGUUGAAGCUGGCUGAUGCCAAGUUCCCCCUCCCGAGAGUUCCGCACGAAGGCGAAGCGAAGACGGAUGAUAUGGCCUUCCUGUGCCUCGACAUGCCCGACUUCGCGGGCGAGCAUGACGAUAUCACGAUCCUGUUCGACGAUAACUUUGAGAGAGACAGGCUCUGCUCAGUCCUCCCGGCACCGGUGAAAGGGUCGCGGCUGAGCAAGGCGAAGUGAGAGAGAGGAGACGAGAGGGAGAUCACGAUUGAACGAGGACACGAUUAAUUAUAGAUGGGUCUGUAUAACUCUGAUCUAGCAGCAUUGCAACAUUCCCAGCACCCAAGGCAAAGCAAGGCAAAGCGGUGUCAGGAUACCCCCCCCCCCCCCCCUUCGGUGGUGAUAUCGGAACGAGAGAGAGACGGGCGUCACACGUCAAAAAGAAUACGGGGAGGGCUGGCUAGUGUUGCUGUCUGAAGGAACUUUGGCACAAACCAGAAAUAUCGAAAGAGGAAAAAAUCAAAGCUAAAGACAAGAAUAAGUUAACACCGAUACCAGGCGUUGCUGAUUUUGGAUGACGAGGGCAUUCGGGUUGAGUCCGUCAUCGAGACAAAUACCUCCUAACGGUGCUGUCGCAUUUUCACAGAAGAUGAUAGGUUGGGGAGCUCCGGGAGGGCCGUAGAUAGGGUCUACCGUCUACCAUAGGUAGCAGGUACCUAAGGACCUACACCCGUAGGACAGCAGAUAAGAGGUACAUAGCGUAUGUAUCUUGGGCACAUACUUUAGCCCCACGUGUAUGCCAUUACCACCUUGCCUAGGCACCUCCUACCUAUGAAAAUCGCUACGAAAAUAGCUACGGAAGUGAUGUUAGUUAGCCUAG